GGCUUGGGGGAGGCAGGGCCGGAGAGAGGGAGAGAGAAGCAAGGUGCACCUCUCGAACACACCUCAGUUGGCUGCCGGCUUUGGUAAAGGAAGGUUGUCGCACGUCUGUACACACGAUGCGGCUGUUAUUCGUAUGUCUGGCAGUGGUGUCGGCCUCAGCGCUCGACAUCAGCGGCGGCCGACGCGACCCGUGCCGGAGCGUGGAGUGCCGUGCUGGGCGGGAGUGCAUCGUGGAGGGCGGGGCGGCACAGUGCCAGUGUGUCGCCGCCUGCCCGGACCGCUACCAGCCCGUGUGUGGCUCAGAUGACAGGACCUAUGACAGCCACUGCAACCUGCACCGCCACGCCUGCCUCACUGGCAACCACAUCAAGGUGACACACAAGGGCGUCUGCAAGACCCUCAAGUUCACCAAGAAGAGGAAACCUGCCGUCAAGAAAGAAGACCCAGCCGUGUGCUACAGCUCCCAGCGCGACGCCUACCUGCUGCUGGUAGGCAAGAAGUGGCGGGACACCCUGAGCUCCCAGCCGUGGCACGUGGACGGCAUGACCUUCAGGGAGAGCCUCUGGGGCCGCUUCUACACUUGCGACAAGAAUAAGGACAACUACUUGGAUUCUGACGAGACGCUGAACUGCACCUCUGACACAGUGUUCAUGGCGCGACCCAACCAGGACCGCGAGCUGACCAGGGCUCUGUGUGUGGACGCCAUCGUGGACAUGGGCGACACAAGCAGGGACUGGAGGCUGGACUUUGAGGAAUUCACCACUAUCUUCACCCCAGGCUACCGUCCUCCACAGAAACGCUGCUCCCUUGAAGGCAAGAAGUACGUGGAUGGCGAGGACGUGCAGGUGGACGGCAGCCACUGCAUCUGCGCGGUGGGCAGCUGGGUGUGCACGUCGCCGACGGACAUCACCACCCCCAAGGCCACCAAGAAGAAGCAGCAGCAGCAGGACUUGCUGGACCAGGAGCUGCUGGCCCUCAACGACCUGGAUUACGACGGGGACCUGGACGACGAGGAGUUCUUGAUCAACGAGGAGGAGGACGAAGAGUUUCUGGAGGACUUGUUCGACGACCUCCUGGACAAACUGCACGAGCACCGCCUCAAGAACAAGAAGCACCACCACAACCGCCUCUAGAAGCCCUCGCUCUCAAUCCCUCCCUUCCCAAAUGUAUCCUUAACGCGGCAUGUCGGGCUAGUUUUGUUACGCCGCCGUGGAACAUCUCUCUCUCCCACACUCACUCUCACGGCGCCUCCAGUCACACGAGCGCGCACACACACACACACACACAUACACUACCUCACAACCAAUUACAUGUGAUAAGGAAAUUUCAUUGUUUCGGUUAAUGAAGUGAAACCAUGUUAAUUUAUCCUUCAUUUUAAAGUUAAACAAAUUCUACACAUUCUCUUCUCUCGUGUGGAGUGUGCAGACUCGUGUGUCAGGCCCGCCAGCUUGCAUAAAUGCUUUAACUUGCGCGCCAGCAUUAGAUAGUCUAAUCAGAGAAUAUUUUAUGUACUCAGUAGCAUUAUAUCUUUUUAUUAACACGCCUAGGACUGCCUCAUCAGUUGUUUCCUGCGGCCAGUGUGGAGUAGGAAUGACAGGAGAGCAUAGACGGCUGCUGUGGUCACUAGGCAACUGUGAGGUUAACUGAGGAGUAACUGUGACAAUCUGACAGUUGUGUUCUCUUCGACACGUGAUGGAUGGAUAGACAAGUCCACCCCAGCAGCAUUGUUACUAAUUGAGGUAUGUGACAUGGUAGCUUAGAAAGAAACUGAUAUGUAUUGUAACACGCGGUAUUUACUAUUGCUACCUGUUUGAUCUAAUACAAAAAAUAAAUAUU